CAGAAGCAACUGCUCAGAAGAAGAAGAACUUUAUUUAUCUCAACAGGAAGGGGUCGUUGAGAAGAAGCCACAAGGAUCACUUGAUGAAAUGCGUCCCAAAUGCUUGCUUUUGCUAUUUGGAGCUGAGCUGCUGUUCCUGACAACAGCACUUGCACUUGAAUGCACCAAAUACAAUGUAAAAACAUGUCAAGAAUGCAUCCGAUCUGGCCCUGGUUGUGCCUGGUGCAAAAAGCUGAAUUUCACAAAAGUAGGAGAACCAGAUUCUAUUCGCUGUGACACCAAGCAGCAGCUUCAGCAGAAAGGAUGUGAAGGGAACAUUGUUUUUCCUGAAAGCAUUGCCAACCCCCAAACGUUUGGUACAUCAAGAGCAAAUAGAAACCUUUCUCCUGAGCUGGUAGACGCAAGACUGAGAAAAGAUUUUACUGCUUCUUUUAACGUGACAUUCCACCGUGGGGAGGAUUAUGAAAUAGAUCUCUACUACUUGAUGGACCUCUCUUACUCUAUGGAAGAUGAUCUGGUCUUUGUGAAGAAGCUAGGUGGGGAGCUGUUUAAUGCUCUCAGACGCAUGACCAAAAAUGCUCGUGUCGGAUUUGGUGCCUUUGUGGAUAAGACGGUGCUGCCUUUUGUUAACACACACCCCGAGAAGCUGCAAAAUCCCUGUCCAGUCAAAGGAGUCAAUUGCCAACCACCAUUUGCUUUCAGACAUGUGCUCAGUCUCACAGAUGAUGUGCAGCGGUUUCAACAAGAAGUCGGAAAACAGGAUAUAUCAGGGAACCUGGAUGUACCAGAGGGAGGCCUUGAUGCCAUGAUGCAAGUUGCUGUCUGUGGGAGUAAAAUAGGUUGGAAGAACUAUACUCGACUGUUAGUAUAUGCAACAGAUGCUGGUUUCCAUUUUGCUGGGGAUGGUAAACUUGGAGCCAUCUUAACACCUUAUGAUGGGGAAUGCCAUCUGGAAGAAAACAUGUAUAAAAAGAGUAACGAAUAUGACUAUCCAUCUGUUGGACAGCUGGUACAGAAACUUAAAGAAAAUAAUAUCCAGCCCAUAUUUGCUGUUACCAGUGAUGUGGUUGAAACAUACAAAAAACUCAGUGAGAUGAUCCCAAAGUCUGCAGUAGGAGAGCUGAGGGCCAACUCAGAUAACAUCAUCCAGCUUAUUCGGGAUGCUUAUAAUAAUUUAUCUUCCAAAAUUAUUUUGGAUCAUAGUCCUUUGCCAAGUUCUGUAAAGGUCACAUAUGAUUCCUUCUGCACUAACAAAAUAAAUACCAAGGAUCAACCAAAAGGAGAAUGUGACAAUGUCAUGAAAAAUGAUGAGGUCAUUUUUCAGGUUAAAAUUACAGCAACAGAGUGCAUUGACAACCAGACCUUUACUAUCCAGCCUCAUGGGUUCUCUGACUCCUCCGUCACUGUUCGUAUACGCAGUCGGUGCAACUGUGAAUGUGAUGAGAAAAUACCUGAUGGCACUGAAUGUAGUGGGCAUGGAACAAUAGACUGUGGUAUUUGCAGGUGCGAUUCCGGUUUCACUGGAAAGAAUUGUGAUUGUAAAACUGGAGGCAAAUCCAGUAAGGAACUGGAAAAGAGCUGCCGAAAGGACAAUGCCUCUGUCAUCUGCUCUGGCCUAGGGGAUUGUGUAUGUGGACAGUGUGUUUGCCAUACCAGUGAUAAUCCCAAAAAGCAGAUUUAUGGUACCUUCUGCGAGUGUGAUAAUGUUAACUGUGAACUUCACAAUGGCCAACUUUGUGGAGGAGAAGAACGAGGACGGUGCGACUGUGGGAAAUGCAAAUGCUUCCCUGGCUUUGAUGGCAGUGCCUGUCAGUGCAGAUCCUCAACUGAAGGCUGUUCCCUGAACCGCAAUUCAAAUGUAUGCAGUCUCCGUGGGGAGUGUCAGUGCAAUACCUGCACCUGUGACCCAGGCUACCAGCCCCCAUUUUGUGAAGACUGUCCUGGCUGUCCAUCACCCUGCCCCAAAUAUAUUUCCUGUGUUGAAUGCCAGGCCUUUGGGAGUGGCCCGUUUCAGAAGAAUUGUACCCAGCAGUGUCAAAAUAUUCAUUUGAAAGACACGGUGGCACCCAAAAGUAAACAAUGCAAGGAGAAGGAUUCUCAAAACUGUUGGAUCAGUUACACUAUGUCUCAAAUGGAUGGAAGGGAGAAGUAUGCUAUUACAGUAGAUCCUAAGAAAGAGUGUCCAGAGCCACCUAAUGUUGCAGCCAUUGUGGGAGGUACCAUUGCUGGUGUAGCUCUCAUUGGGCUUCUCCUCCUCUUGCUUUGGCGGCUACUGACAGAAUUGUUUGAUCGCAGAGAAUAUCAUAGAUUUGAAAAAGAGAAGUCCAAGGCAAAGUGGAAUGAUGCUGAUAACCCUCUAUUCAAGAGCGCCACCACCACCGUUGUGAAUCCCAGAUUCAAUGGCCAAUAAUGUGGAAUUCCAGUGACAUCGCAAAGUGCCAAGAAGGGAGGAAGAACAGAGAUGAAGACAUGGGUUUUAUUCUCCAUAGUGGCUUCUCUUGUCAUUGGGUGUGCCUACACUGAAUAAUUAAUGGUUUGAUGUGUUUCACUGCUAUGGCUCAAUACUUUGGAAUCAUAGUAGCUGUAGUUUUACAAGGUCCUUAGCCUUCAUUGCCCACGGGUGCUUCAUGCCUCACAAAAUGACAAAAAAGUGUUGAUGAACACUUUGUCACACCAUUGCAAACGUUAUAUCAAGUUAAACCUUGGUAUAACUUUUGCAAAUAUAUUCUCACUUGAGAUCAGGCAAACAAAGGGAAUGUUUAUUAAAGCUUGUACAGAUUGAAAAUCUUUGCUUAGAAAUGUAGCAAAAUUGUUGACUUACAUUAAUGACAUAUACAAGAUUUAUUCUAAUUCAUAAUUUCACUAUCCAGAAACCCUACAUUAAAGUUUUAUGCAUAGUGGGGGAAAUGGCUUUUUCUGGUUUGCACUUCUUUUUUCAUUUAAAAAUGUUAUUAUUAUUAUUGUAUAUCAUUACAUCCUCACUCAGAAAAGCCCUAAUACGAGGGGUAUUUUUUAAGUAAGGUCCGUUGGAACAUAAGUACACAAUGAAAGUUUAUUUCAAAAAAGUAAAUUUAUUUUCAGAAAGUACAUACUUCACUCUAUUUUUCGACAUAGUUGCCAAAUUUGUUCAAACACUUAUCAUACCUCUGAACCAAUUUUAAAAUACCCUCUUCAUAAAACUUGCCACCUGCUCCGAUAACCAAGAGUUCACUGUAAUCAAAGAAGGGCGACCAGAGCAGUCCUCAUCAUGGACGUUGUCACGGCCAUCUUUGAAUUGUCGUACCCACUUACGCACUUUGCUUUCACUCAUAACAGUAUCACCGUCCACUUCACAAAUCUGUCAAUGAAUUUCUGCAGCAGGCAGGUUCCUUGCUGACAAAAACCAUAUCCCUGAGCGAACCUCACAUUCGGAGGGUGAGUUGAUAGUCUUAAACAUUUUUAAAGCACAGAACAGAAACGUACAGGUUAGCUACAGAGCGGAAACGGAGCACAGUUGUUCCCGAGGCAUGCGUGCUCGUUGCGGUAUGCGUGCGAACUACUAGUGUCUACAACAAACGGACCUUACUUAAAAAAAUACCCCUCGUAUAUUAGGAACAACCUACUGUAUAUACUCGAGUAUAAGCUGACCCGAAUGUAAGUCGAGGCCCACAAUUUUGCCAUAAAAAACUGGGAAAACUUAUUGACUCCAAUAUAAACCGCUACUGGUAAAUUUCAAAAUAAAAA